AUGUACGUAGAGAAAAUAAACGGCUACGCCAGCGAGCUGUCAUAUCAUGGCUUCACAUCGAAUACAAGUAUCCUAUGUUUAAUUCACUCUUUGUGUUCUUAUGCGUUCCAGGACCUGUCAGGCUCCAUCGAUGACCUUCCCACGGGGCCGGAGGUCGUCCCUGGGUCUGCUGCCGCCGGGGGUGCUGGUGCUGCUGCUGGAGCUGGUGGUGGAGCUGGUCGCGAUGGAGCUGCUGGUGGUGGUGGUGGUGGUGGUGGGGGUGGUGGUGGUGGGGGUGGUGGCGGGGGUCCCCCCAGCAGCAGUAGCAGCAGCAGCAGCAGCAGCAGCCAGGGCGAGCCAGGAGGCACCAGCAACCCGGCCCGGUCCCCCUUCUCUCCCCACGCCUCCCCUCACCUCUCGGGGCAGCCGGGCGGGCCGUCCCCCUCCCCGGUGGGCUCCCCUGCGGGCUCCACCCAGUCCCAGCACUCCCAGCACUCCCAGCACUCCCAGCGGUCGGGCUCCGGGCCCAUCUCCCCAGCCAACGGCCCCCCGGCCAGCGCCAACGCCGCACCAGGUCCCACCAUGGCACCACAGAGUGCUGGGAACGUCUCGGAUGGAGGUGGAGUCUCCCCAAUGACACGCUCGCCCAUGGCACAAGAUAGAGGGUUCCUGUCCAACAUGCAGAGGAACCUGACAGGGUCCCAGUUCUCCUCCUCCAGUCGGGCCCCCCUAUGUCUCCUAUACCCUCCCCUGGGGCCCGGCUUAUCAGGGCAUGGGCCCUUACUCACAGAGUGGCCCCCAGGAUCCUACGGCCCCCAGGGAUCACAGUUUGAACACCCAGGUAAGAGCUGCCACAUCACUGUGGAGCUGCAUGGGAGCGGGAGCCAAGAGAUGGAGCCCGAGGAGAAAGGAAUCCAUAGGGAUUAG